AAAUAAAACACAAAACAAAAAUGAUUUCCAACAUAUCCCCGAAAUGUUUCCACCUUACCCUAACCACCCUGAUCCUGCUGCUUGGCAAUGCCGAAACCCAAGGGGAUUUCAAUUACAACCACAAUGCUACUCCCACGGCAAACAUGGAAAACAAGGAUACCAAUUAUCGCAACAAGAACAACAACAACAACCACAUCACUCCUGUGAGUGAAUCUGAAUCCUCCUCAUCAGCAGCUGCAGUAUUUGCUGCUGCAAUGUCAGCAUUGAGCACCACAGCUGCAACAAGCAUGAUAGCAAACAGCAACAAUGACCGAUCCCUUGUCCACUGUGGCAAUACCCAAAAAAUGGUCGAUAAUUGUUUCAGGGAUUUGCCACCGCAUCUGAUGGAAUUCCUGCAGAGCCCCAAAAUUGUCAUCGACGAAAAGGAAAUCAAAAACAAGUGCAACGUCUUUCAUCAUGGCAUGAGAUGUUUCGACGACUAUAUGGUACGUUGCAUUCCCAAACACAAUGUCCGGAUUCUGAAUAACAACGUCGAGGGGGCGAGGAAAUUUUUCACGAAAUUUUGCGACGAUCCCGUGUUUCAGAAGAGUGAGUAUUUUCGAAUUUAUUUAUUAAUUUAA